AUGGAUCUAGGAAUGCCAACUGAAGACUACGGGUACGGCUUCGGUCCUUCCACGGUAGCAACUCAUACCUUCGCAGAUGCCCCCGCUCUAGAUGUGAUAUUCGUUCCAGGUGGUAUGGGAAAUAUCGCCCUAGAGCAGGCAAACAACACUGAAAUCGAGAGCUUCCUUGUUCGAAGAUAUCCUCAAGCUGAGUAUGUCUUGAGCGUUUGUACCGGGGCCGUUGUUUUGGCAAGAGCUGGUCUGCUUUCAGGCAAACGGGCCACCACUAAUAAGGGUUUGUGGGCAUGGGUCACAAACCCACGCCAUGGCGCCAACAUUACAUGGGUCCCCAGCGCCCGAUGGAUUGAAGAUGGUAAUAUUUGGACAAGUUCAGGGGUUGCAGCUGGUAUCGACAUGACUUAUGCUUUUCUCAAACAUUUUUAUGGUACCGAGAUUCUUGACUCGGUGAUGAACGCCAUCGAAUAUGCCCCAUACCAAGAUUCGCAUUGGGAUCCUUUUUCACUCAUCCAUGAGGUUCCCGGAGCAAACACGUCAGCUGGGUCUGGCUGCGCUCUCCCUGUUGGAAAUGGAAGCGGCACUACUGGCAGCGGGGGACAUCAUUGA